CUUUCUCUCAGGCUAGUCCAGAGACCCAAAAUCCCCUAAAAUUUCGAACCCUAACCCUCACCCAACUCCCAUUUGCACCGCAUCCACCGCCCAAGUUUGCCGCCGGACCUCAGGACCACUCAUUGCCGCCCUGAGAAUUUGAGUCGUACAAACAUUGUCGAAAGUCAAAUUGUAAAAUAUGAUGCAAUGAACCUGCUAAAAGUCUUUCCACGAGUGAGAACAUUUCCACCAGCAAGCAAUGGCUAACAUGGAGCCAGUGCCAGAAAACCUGAUGCAUGGACGUAUGCAGUCUGCUAAACCGCGGGUCCUCUUGGCUGCAUCAGGGAGUGUUGCGGCUAUUAAGUUUGAGAGUCUUUGUCGUAGUUUCACCGAGUGGGCUGAAGUGAAAGCAGUAGUGACCAAGUCAUCUUUGCAUUUUCUAGACCAAUCGUCACUUCCAAGGGAAGUAACACUCUACACCGAUGACGAUGAAUGGACGAGUUGGAAGAAAAUUGGAGAUGGAGUACUGCACAUUGAGUUGCGUAAGUGGGCAGAUCUUAUGGUUAUCGCUCCAUUGUCAGCAAAUACACUUGCCAAGAUUGCAGGAGGAUUAUGUGAUAAUCUUCUGACAUGCAUUGUUAGAGCAUGGGACUACAACAAGCCUUUGUUUGUUGCCCCUGCGAUGAACACAUUUAUGUGGAACAACCCCUUUACCAAGCUCCAUCUCGAAACAAUUGACAAGCUUGGGAUAUCGGUAAUCCCUCCCAUCACAAAGAGGUUGGCUUGUGGGGAUUUUGGCAAUGGCGCUAUGGCCGAGCCUUCUGAGAUCUACACCACGGUGAGGCUCUCCUUGAAGCCGAGAGCAGUGAAUGUCUCUAGUUAAAUUUGUAAUGGCAGUCUGCUGCUCCUUGGAGUCAUGAUGUUUGUUUUGUGUACACAGUUUGUUCUCUGUUGUACUCUUGUGGGAUUAUCUUGUUUUUAGGAAUAGAUUAUUCCUUAUUUCCUUUUGCUAUUAGGAGCUGUGUUUGUAACUGGCUAAUGCUUCGUUGUAUUUGUCAGAUGAUAUUGUUUGUAAGCUCAGACUGCCACAUGAAAAAGUCUUUUGAGUGGGAUUCAAUCAUUUCUAGUCAUGUAAAGCACAGAGCCAGUUGGUUUCUUUGUACUGCA